GUCAGAAAUCGCUACAGUCUCAUGUCAAAUUCGAUCAUCUCAACCUUGUAUUGACGGAUCACUUGCUUGUUCCACGCGACCCACGUUUUCUAGCGGAUCGACAUCUGGCUGCACGGAUGCUUUCUGGGUACAGCGUUGUUCAGUAGAGAUGUCAGCGAUGACCGAAGGCAACAACCUUCCUUAUGUGUACAAAAGGCUUCGGAUGUCCUACUUCCGUCCGGUAUCCCAAAUGCGUACAAUCUUAGCUGCCACCUUAAUCACCAGCUUGAUUGUUCUAUUCCUCUAUGUUAGCGAGUCACCCUUGGCAGCCUCAAUUCGAAACAUGGCUGGCAACCCUCCUCAGAAAGCUCUCGAUCCUCACAUCUCACAAGCCCAUCUUACUCUCGAACUCAAGGAAUCUGACCACAAAACUUUUCCUCCAACCAUCAUGGUUGUAGCCACAAAUCUUCACGAGUCGACCACCGUGACUUUGCUUACAUGGGAUACGCCCUUCGAUGAUAAGGCACUUCAGUUGGGCCUUUUUGAGAUCAAAGAUUUGCAAAGUGGUCACGUUCUUCCGUCCCUGGGUCUCAAAUUAAACCGGAAACUUCCGCCGCCAAAGGAAGCGUUUCUAGAGAUCGAACCGCGUCGUGCAAUUGCAAAGGAAUUAGUACUUGAUGGACCUGGGGUGCAACUUGAGCAAGGCCGACUUUAUGAAGUUAGAGCGAAGGGAACUUGGAAAGCCGUCUGGCAGGCAAAUGUAGCCGACAUAGGAUACAGCAAUUUGCAAAAGAUGGGCGGUGGAACUGGAGUUUUGAGUUUCGACUUUGUUAGCAACGUUAUUACCAUCAAGGCAUAGGACCCUCGCACGUUAAAGUUAAAUAUUGAGCCUUGUACGAGUUAUUAUAUUUAUCAUCAGAAGAGCAGAGACCAACCGGGCCUCCCUUUACUGAGACUGGUCCUUAUGUAGUAUAUUCAAUAAAUGUGUGCUGACGAAGUUCUCUGG